ACAUCCUCCUCCCCAUUCUCACGCCCCGCCUUCACUGUGAAUAAUUACCUUUUUUUCAGCUAUUCAUUUAUAUUUUCCGUCACAUGGGCUCUUGGGGUGCAAUGUGAGCUGUCGAAACUGGCUGCAGCUCGUUUGAAAAAGAUGGGGAUUUAAAAAAAAAAUUUAAAAUAAAUAAACUGGGACCAAAGCAAAAGGACUUUGCAUCUUUUCUCUCUGCAUCUCCUCUGCUGCUGGGAGACUUCAGAGGACCAUGCAACACUUUAAGCCAUGGCGAGCUUUGCUCCUUUUAACCGUGCUGUGCCAACCCGGAAUCUCAGAUAAAUACGGUUGCUUGUUUGAGAGAAAACUGUGCACAGGGGAUCAGUUCUGCUCAGAUGAUGGACUGUUCGGUCAGUGUCGUAGCUCGAAGCAGGACCUGUUCCAGUACCAGGUGUCAGUUCCUGUUCUGAAGAGAAUGCAGGAAGUCCUCAAACAGCUCAUGCUGCAAGGUCUUUCCUGGCAAAAUGACAUCACUCAGUAUAUCUUAUCAAAGGAGCUGAAGAGAGUUCCCCAUACUACCCACCCCUCUAAGCCAAAUUCCUCUUCCUCCUCUUCUCAUUCGUCCAAACAGAACAUCCCCCACCACCACAACCCUAAGUCGGGGUCCACACCUUCUGGUGGCAACUAUGUGGACUACAUGAUUGUCGAUCCUCCUCAGUCCCCACUACACAUGCAGACAGCCUCAAUGGACCCAUAUGCAUACCACCAGCAUAGAUAUCAAGAUGAUGUAGAGAGAUCACUCAUUGGAACAGGGGCCGGUUAUGCCCGCCCCUCUUCAAGGUCCCAGGCCAAUCAAAGAGAGCGAGAGAGAGAGCGAGAGCGUGACAGGCAGCUGCUACAGGAAGCCUUGUCUCUGUACCUGGCGUCUGCGCAGCCCUCUUAUCGCCACCGAGGGGCCGCUGCCAUGGCUCCUGCAGGUCUGCCUUAUUAUGAAGACCUGGAACUGGAGCUACCAGUGGACUAUGUGGAAGACUACACCCUAGAGGAGAGACUUGGUACUGCUGGCAGACAACAAACGCUGCAGAAUAAAAAAGUUCCUCAGGACAUCAGCACUCUGUCUGGAAACAAUGAUGGCCUGCUCCAGAGGAUGUCAGGAGUCCUGCAGAGGUACGGAGUUGACCCCAGAGAUCUCAGUCAAGAGCAGCUCUACAAGCUAGCCCUCAUUCUGCAGCUGAUGCGGGCCCAAGACAAAACAGAUCCUACUGAGAAAGACCGUAUUGCCCUCAAGGAGAUGCAGCUGUUAAAAACAGACAGUGUGUCCCAUAAGCCGGAGAAGCCUGUCCCUGUUCCCGGUCCCCCUGAUGCUCCUCCUGCCCCCCCCUCCACCUCAGUGCCAACUACACCUCCAGCCAAGAGCGCCAGUCUCCCUCCUUCUGCCUCCCAGCCUCCGCAGGCCGCUCCUGCUGAAACUGGACAAAGUUUGAAGAAGCAGGGGCUGCCACUGGUUGAGGGUACAGGAGCCAAGGAGGAGUAUGGGUACAUUUACACCAACCAGAGUCCUCUGAGUUUGUAUGAUGGAGUGAAGCUGUUGGAGCUACUGGCUGAUAAGAUACACCUGACAACAAGCAGCUUCAUUAAAAUCAGUGUGGUGGGCCCUGCGCUGACGUUCCGUAUCCGCCAGAAUGAACACAACAUGACGGCUGAAGAGGUGGCUGCUAAAGCUGUAUCUGAAAAAAACUUCCUGGAGUCUGAGACAGGCCUGAAGAUUGUACAGGCGGGAGUGGGAGAGAGGACCGAUGCACGGGGCCUCCCUCAGGUAACCAGGGUUUCCCAGGGCUCCAGUGGCACAGUCAUCACCCUUGUUUCUAUGGCAGUCGUAGGAGGCGUGCUGGUGUUGGCCAUGGCCGUAGCUUGUCUCAGGCACUACUCUCAGCAAGUGGCAAAUGGCAAGCUUGGACUGGGGCCAGAGGGAGGAGCAGAAACACACUUUGACUACCAGGAGCUAUGUCGGCAGCACAUGGCGUCCAAAACCUCCCUGUCCCGCCAGGACCUCGUGGCCGGGGUGAGCAGCACCAUGGCGGGGUCCGCCAUAUGCCCGGGUGCUGGCGGUCGAAGGGGUACGGACACGUCUCGCGUCAGCAGCGUUUCCUCCCAGUUCAGCGAUGGCCUCCAGCACAGCCCGUCGUCCACCCACAGCUCCACCCCGUCCUGGAGCGAAGAGCCAGCCCAGUCUAACAUGGACAUCUCUACUGGGCACAUGAUACUGGCUUAUAUGGAGGAUCACCUGCGUAAUAAGGACCGUCUUCAGAGGGAGUGGGAGGCUUUGUGCUCGUACCAGGCUGAGCCCAGUUCAGUAGCUGUGGCUCAAAUCCCCAGCAACAUCGACAAAAACAGACACGCUGCAUCCAUCCCCUAUGAUCACUCCCGGGUGAAGCUGAAGACUGAAGUCAACCCCAAUAAACAAGACUACAUCAACGCCAGCAUCAUUGUUGAUCAUGACCCUCGCCAGCCAGCGUAUAUUGCCACACAGGGACCACUGCCUCACACUGUCGCUGAUUUCUGGCAGAUGGUGUGGGAGAAUGGCUGCACAGUGAUAGUGAUGAUGACAGCUCUGGUGGAAGAUGGAGAGAAACAGUGCGAGCGAUACUGGCCCGAUGAGGGCUCAUCACUCUACCACAUCUAUGAGGUGAACCUGGUGUCAGAGCACAUCUGGUGUAAGGACUUCCUGGUGCGUAGCUUUUACCUGAAGAACCUCCAGACGCAGGAGACCAGGACCUUGACGCAGUUUCACCUGCUGAGCUGGCCGGAUGACGGCAUCCCCACCUCCACGCGGCCGCUGCUCGACUUCCGCAGGAAGGUGAACAAAUGCUACAGAGGUCGUUCUUGCCCAAUCAUCGUUCACUGCGGUGAUGGCACUAGCCGGACUGGCGCAUACAUCCUGAUCGACAUGGUACUGAACCGCAUGGCCAAGGGAGUGAAGGAGAUCGACAUAGCAGCCACACUGGAGCACAUCAGAGACCAGAGACCUGGCUUGGUCCGCACCAAGGACCAGUUUGAGUUUGCGCUGACAGCAGUAGCCGAGGAGGUGAAUGCCAUCUUGAAAGCCCUGCCACAGUGAGGACAUCCACAGGCACACAGCAAGAAAUACUCUUAGGAUCCAGUCAUGUAUGUCUGGCCAUCACUGUAAAUAGGAAUUUGCUCGACCACACUUGGAGCAGUUACUGCUCAUAUUUUCAGCAUGCGGUAUUUUACCAUCUACUCAUUCUCUGGGUUUUUUAAACUUUUUGGAACUUAAAUAAAUCAUUUCUGGCAGGAUGUAAAUAUGGACAGAAUAUCAAAUUAUUUCACCAGUAUGGCACACAUUUGAUCUGUGCUCUCUGAAGUUAAUUAGACAACAAUGAGGCCAUCAGCAGUGAACUACAAGGAGUAAAAACUUGCAUUUACUGUACCCCUCUCCACAUUACCUGUGUCUGAGUCUGACCGGAUAGAAUACACUUCUGUUGAUGGUUGGAGUGUGACAUUGUUACCUAUCUUACCACCAUCUGAUUCUUUGCUUCAUCUACCCAUUUACUGGACAUGAUGAUUCAACAGAUGACUUAUUACCAACACUGAAGGUUUGUUCUGUUGAACAUUUUCUCCCUUUACAAACUUAGCAAAUUUCUAAGACAUUUAUCUGGCUGAUACGGUUUCAAUCCAUUUGAACUCUCUGAGUGUGUUGUUACGUGUCCACCAGAAUACUGUAUGCUACUGUCUAGUGUGUGAUGAUUUCCAGCAGGUUUUUAUUUGCAAGGCUUGUCUUUGCCAUGACAACAUGAUUGUUGGCUUUAAGCACUGGUCCUUUUGUAACAGACGCUGUACCUUGACCACUCGGUACACCUCGCCUUGUGUCUUUCUCGUUCUGCGUUUAAAGUAACUCUGGUUGGGUUCUUUUAUUGUCUGACUCGGUGUACAACCUUGUGGUUAAUGUAAAUAAUUCAUCCUGAUGAUUGUGUUUAUUUCAUGUAGCAGAGAGAUAGAAAAUAUCUAUAUAAAUGUAUUUUUGACUUGACCUGAAUAAAUUUGUGACGUGAUGCAGCAAAAAACUAAUAAAAAAAAGCCUCAAGUGCUCAUUUUUAGAACCCCUG